GACUUUUGAGAAACGACCCCCUGGACUAUAGCGUACAUUGAGGACAACACGUACGUUUCGUCGCAAACAGCGCGCGCGCGAUGGUCUGCUUUGUCGCGUAGCAAAACAAUUCACUCUCUCGUUCAACUGUCACUGUCUGUCGUUCAACUGUCCCUGGAUUAUCCCUGGCGAAUUAUUCAGGAUAUGUACAACGCAAACACGGGUGUCCCAACUAUUCAAGGAACACCACAAUUUCAUUCGACUUCGGUCGCAGGUGAGCUUCUCUACUUUAACAGGGGAGUGGUGUCUUCACAUGCGCCAAGCGGGAGUAAGCAGACCGCGUUUACUGGUAUUGCUGGUUACAGUGGUCCCCAGGCCCCACUCAAUAUGAACUAUCCACGGUACCCAGGCCUCAAGCAUCCGCCACAACUAGUAAGUUGCAUUCAGCAUCCCCUGACACACCCAUACCCACAAUGGACAGCACCCAACACGAACAUGGUAGGGACUACAACAGGAAUACGUAACCAAGCCAGCACAGGCUACCCAGCGAUACCAUACAUCCAAGGCCAGCAACCCUACCCUGGGUAUAAUAAUAUCCCCCCUGGAUAUGUGUACAACCACCAAGGUGCACAAUAUCAGCAAUAUGGACCGUCGAAUGGUGUUCCACUAACUCCUUCACAGUUUAUAAUGUCUAUGAUACAAGGACAGGAGUUUGUUAAUCAAAGCCAUUCGUUCCUGGGGGGCCCAGGAGUGCAAUAUAAUCAUGGACCAUUGGUUUAUAACUCUACAUGUGGGGGACAGGUUCAUAUGCACCAAGAUAUGUCCCUUGUGAUGGGACCACAGUAUAAUAUGCCUGUCAAUAUGAGCAACCCACGCAUGCGCAGUACACCACUGGGGACUAACUUUAAUUCCAAUUUUGGGAACAUGCCUUCCAGCCAGAACUGGGUUCCAGAUCAAAAAUCUGCAUUUCAAAGUGGCCAAAGAAAGGAUGACAAUAACCUAGCAAUUAUACACCUCGUCAGCAUGGUAGCCCCUCCCCCUCUAGUGUACUGGGCAGUAGCACAGAGGAACUGGCAGAGAUAUUCAGCAAUGUUAAGCUAA